AUGCCACUUUCUCAUGGUGAAUGGGAUGCCCUCCUUGCUAGUAUAGCAGAGUCUGAAAAGCAAACAGAAUUGGCUGCCCGUGUCUCAACAUGGAAACAGAACAUCGAACACAACUUAGAAGAACAAGAUUCCCACCCACCUUUUGAUAUCCAUGCUUAUGGUGAGAGACUUAUUGAGAAGCUGUCCUUAGACCCUAAGAGGAACAGUGGUUUGCCCUUCACUGAUAUUGUUGGGGGCCAAGAGAAGCAUGAGGUUGCAAGGAGCUUCUCUGCUCUCCUCCAACUGGUAAACAAUGGGAACGUUGUUCUAGACAAAGUUUCAUCAAAUGGUGCAGCUUUUUGUUUUAGUGCAGCCAAUCCCUUCUAUGUGAGGCUUCUUAGUAGUUGUAAAAAGCAUGAGGAAAUGCUGAGUUAUAAGGCCCCUUCCUUGGCUGGCAAGCACGGCAUGUCAUUGAAGAGAUUGAAGUCUCCCUUAGGCAAGGGAUAUCAGAACCAGGCUAAUGAAGCCUCUCUCACUAGUUCAUCCUUUCAAGAAGUCACCUCAUCUGGUACGUUUUCUCACUCUAACUCCAAGUCUUCUCUUAACACUGGAAGAGUCAAGUGCACACCAGAAGGUAAAAGAAGGCGAAAAUCGAGGUUGACCAAACAGAUGGACCUGCAUUCUGUUAGUUGAACCUCCAACCGUCAUUUUCUCUAUAAUAUUUAAGCAUACUAACUUAGAAGCAGGCAUUGUAACCCACCCAUUUAAUCAAUGAAUGCUUACCAUUUAAUCAAUGAAUGCUUACUUUGAUCCCCUUAAAUGUUGAUAUUGUAGUUGUGGGGUUCAUCUAUUAUGUAAAACCAGUGUUUCGAUAAUGUUCUGUUUAUGUUACAGUAUUUGGUAUAUUUUCUUUCUAUUAUUCUGUCUUGGUUCGCUAAGUAUCUGCACUGCAUGCUACUCUAUUAUUAUUAUUAUUGUUAUUAUUUUAUUUUGUUUGUAUUUUCUAGCAAGAAGGCAAUUAAGUUAGUGGUUCAGCUUCGAAUGGGUGGUAGUCCAUUUCUCUAAUUAAUGACAGGGAAGGACUUAAGAUUAGGCUUUCAAAUUUAAUGCAGGCUUAAACUGAAAUUGUGCUUUCAUUAUUUAUUUUUCUUUUGAGGUUUAACUUAUUUAGUGAGCAAUUCAAUUUGCCUAAUGACUUCCUUUUCGUUUAAUGAUAGUCUUUCCCUCUAAUGAUUUAAUUUAUUUUGUCGAAUGACCGCAUUUUUAGCUUCACCUUUCAUAAUAAUCUCGCCUGACAACCUGAGAGUCAUUAGCUUUUCAAAACAACCUUUCCCAAAGGUUUUUGAAUUCUCAGGCCAUCCACAAUUUCUUUUCUAGUUUCAAUAUCUUGCAUCCCCAAAUAGUUUGCCGGUUCAUUUUCCUCCAUAGUUUAGCUUGGUUACAUGAGGGAUAGACUUCCAAGAGGCAAGCACUGACCUCAUGCAGCAAAUUGUGUCAACCUAAUGCUCCAAAGGCCAUGGGAUAAAUGGGACAAUUCAGAUAUGCUAUCUUGAAUCUGCCCAGCUGCAAUGGUCAUGGCCUUGUGAGUGGGUCGUGGUCAUUUUUGUUUGCUUUAUGAAAUUUUAGAUUGUACAGCGGUGGGCCUUGCCUUUGUUCCAUCUGCAGGAAUUAAUUAUAUGCAAAUUAAAAGUACUUCAUAUUUCUUAAAAUUAGUUUUGAACCAAUUUCUCAUGAAUUUUAUGUGAGUUGAAUCGAGCAAUGCAGGGUGUUCUUAAAUGAUGCGUUCGACUUUUGAUAUGAAAGUGUAUGCAUGUUAUUUUGAACGUGCUGUUAAUAUUGCAGUAUUUUCUACCAUUAAAGUGUGAAAAACAAGUUAUAUCUUUAAAAUGAUAGAUUUUUUUAAUUUUAAACAUUUGUGAAAUGGGUAUUUUUAAAUAAAAUUCAAUUUUCUAUGCAUUUCAAUAUUUAUAAGCUUGGUAACUAUUUUCUUUGGGGUAGAUAUGCCUAUAGAUUUCCCUAGAGGGAAUGCAAGAGUUAUAUUUGGAAAGAGUUGGACUACUUGCAUUAUCAGCAUGACUUUGUAACAUAUAUUAAAAUAUCUUGUGAAACUUGUCAACUGUUGUGGGGCCACUAGUAGGCGGGAAUGGGCCUAUUGUUGUAUGGCUUGGAAUAUAUACUGUGAGAAGAUUGAUUCAGAGGACCAGAGUACAGCAGACGAUCCUUCAAGAUCUUAAUCUUAGUUUUAAGAAUUCAUUUCUCAAAUGAUUUUGGAAUCUAGAUGUCAUGCAGAACAUUUGAUGUGCACCUGAAAGCAUAAGAGAGUUGAUGUGCCGGUGUAUAACUAACCAUCGCUUCUUAAGAGUAGAUCUCAACUCAAAUCAACGAUCUUGAAUACAUAGUUGAGACCCAUAUGUUGUGAAAUGGACAGAAGAAUGUAUAGUUAACUAGCAUUCAUGGAGUCAUAAUGUUGUUUAACAUUAGAUGUUGUUUCUUUGUUUUUUAUUUUCUCAGACAAUCACUACAAGAAAGAGAAGAGACACCUAAUAUGGAGCUGCUUAUUAAUGCUAACCUUGAAUUUUAUAAUAAAUCAACCAUGACCAAUGUCCAAUUUUUCGUCCAAUUUCACAAGUUCCCAAUGAUAACAUCUCUGACUAGCAGCCUUAUUGCCAUAGAAAACAACAGCACUUUAACCAGCAAGAAAAACAUGGAGUUAAUUAUAAAAAAGCACCUAUACGGGCUGCAAAUAGUGUUGGAGCUUUCCCACUAUUGCAAUGGGUAAAGACCAACAUCUUUACUCACACUGCAAAGAAAGAUAACAAACAAACGAAUCACCCACAAAGGGAAUUAGAACCAUGCUCAAGAUACAUCAAUGAGCUUGUUGACUUCCUCAUCUCUUUGAAUGUGUUGGAAGUUCUGAAUUAGGCCCCCACAUCACAGCUUCACAAAUCUGACGACCAACUGCAAGGCUUCCAUCCCCUUGACGUCUUUAUUGCUGCAGAUUUCUCGAGCGCAUUGGCUUAGUUGUGCGCAGUCUUAAGAAUGUACUGAUGAUCUUCAUGACGGUUUUCUUGCGCCGCAUGGGGGUACAUGUCGUGAUUCUUUUCCUGAAUCUUCAUAUUCUCAUGGAUAUAGUCCAGUGCUUUUGUAGCAUUUGUUACUCCAAUUUGAGUCCUCCCUGCUAGGUUGCAUUUUGGUCGGACCUAUGUGAUGUUAUGCUGAAGUUGUAACACUUGGGUGUUGCGAGUUUACUCAGAAGUUGUAGUGCUUGGUGUGAUUGCAAUGCGUGCUUGACAAGACUUGGUUUGUCGAGUUUACACAGAAGUUGUAGUACUUUAUGAUUGGUGCUUGCUGCGCGCGCUUUGGUGGCUCGGAGUGUGGUUUGAGAGGGUGCAGAUCUUGGGAAAUAUUGGGGGUUAGAGAGAAAAAGGACAGAGGCAGCCAUGCCUUAUGUGGAAGGGGCAUUGUUUUCUUGAGAGGAUUUUGGUUGUUGGUAGCCAUUUUCCUCUCUUUCCCUCGCCAGUCUCCACAAAUUGGUCUGAAUUGUAUACAUUUAGAGUUGUGGUGAAUGGAAUUUUCCUCUCUUUCCCUCUCCAACCUCCACAUUGGUCUGAAUUGUAUACAUUUAGAGUUGUGGUGAAUGGCGUCAGGAUGGGAUGGUGCCUGCAGUGUGCAGAUUGAAGAGCCAGAUGAAGAUGCGGACUCUUUUUAAGAUGCAUGUGUUUGAAAUUUAUUGCAUUUGAUUCCUUUCUAAAAUUGAACUUACAAACGCCCUUUAUUCUUCCCUCUUCAAAAUUGAAUUUUGUAUUACCCU